AUGUGGCCCUUUUCAACAUAUCCAGAGAAGACAGCGGGUGACGUAGCCGGAAAGACGUUCGACUACAUCAUCGUCGGUGGCGGUACGGCAGGAUGCCUAAUUGCGCACCGCCUUUCCGCUUCCCCAAACGCCUCAGUCCUAGUCUUGGACAAGGGUCGCGUAAACGCCGGGGUUCUCUCGCGGAUCCCACUACUCGGCAUCCUGCAGAGCGGGGUCGUCCGCUACCACGCCGAACCCAACGCGCACUUGCGCGGGCGACAUGUGCAACUUCUUGCUGGCGAAAUGCUAGGUGGUACUAGUCGCGCUCACUCCAUGGUAUGGAGUCCCGGCGGCCGGCCGGAAUUUGACGGCUGGGCGCGUGAGCUUGGGUUGGACGAAUGGAGCUGGGAGAAGGUAGCGCCGGCUUUUGCACGGGUUGAGAAGGCAAUUCCGCGUAAAGGUGCGGGUGAUAUAGGACUCAUGUCGUAUGUAGAUGCGGCGAUGGAAAGAGUUGGGCUGGAUGAUGGAGGGGGAAAGCGAGGCACUCAGAGAUAUAGCCGCAGCGAGGUCUCGGUUGAUGCAGAUGGGAACAGGGCCUCUGCGUUGACGGCGUGGCUGAAUGCCCGGGUUGUGAAUGAGAGGAAAGGGCGACUGACGGUGUGUACAGGCGUGACAGCGACCAAGCUUGAGUUUACGGGUGACGGGACGAGGGUUACAGGCGUAUGGAUUAAGUCUGAAGAGGGUGCAGACAUUUUGGUCAAGGCGCAACAUGAGGUGAUUCUUUGUAGCGGCGUUUUCGGUACGCCGCAGCUGUUAAUGCAAAGUGGCAUUGGCCCCAAGGACCAUUUGUCCGCUCAUAAAAUCCCAGUGGUGCAUAAUCUCCCUUCAGUGGGUGCGAAUUUGACCACCCACAUCCUUGUACCAGUCAUGUCAGAGCUCCCACUCAAGCACACACUGCAUAUCAUUCAGACGGUGGCUAUCUUAUGGCACUUUUUGCUGUGGCUCUUCUCCGGGACUGGGGUGCUUGCCUCUAACGGUCAAUGGGGCGCCGCAUUUCUACACUCGGAUACAAUCAACGAGGCAACAAUGACAGCCAUACCUCCUGAAGAUGGCAAGAAGGAAGUGACCGAUCUUGAAAUCCUGAUUUCCCCUCUUAGCACACUUAUCGAGUACGGUGUCCCCGGAGUACCCUGCAUGACGUGGUAUGCGGCUCUUGUGCAGCCUCACACCACAGGCAUCGUUGAGUUGUCGUCCAGCUCUGACGCAAAAUCACCCCUAAAAAUUACGCUCCCGUUCCUGGUCGAUGCUCGCGAUAGCGCGCGGCUGCGAAAGGCCGUUCGGUUCGCUAUGCGGUUGGCAGAUGAGUUUGCGGGAUCAGAGGUCGGAUAUCCACAUCCGGCGCCGUUGACUAUGGCUCCUGGAAUGGGUUUGGAGUAUUUAGAUGGUCUUAUGGAUAAGAAAAAGAGCAAGAGUGAGAAGAGAAAGCUUACAAGGGCGUUGCCACCACAGAAGGACGCUUGGAGAACCGUGACGGAUACAGAAAUUGAUGAGUAUAUAAAGAGGCUGGUCACAGGUAGCUAUGAUCCUGCUGGCACGUGCCGGAUGAGUAUUACAAAGGAAGACGGUGUAGUAGAUCAGAGCCUGAAGGUGUAUGGAGUGCACAACUUACGAAUUGCCGAUGCAAGUGUGCUUCCCCGGUGUGGGGGUGCUUCGAUCUCGGCGUCCAUUUAUAUGAUUGGGGAGCGAUGCGCUGAAUUUGUCAUAAGAGAGAAUGGUUCUCCUUCCUAG